CAGCCCAUGGAGAGAACAGCUGAAGAGAGCAUGUGAAAUUGCUAUGAUGAAUAGCAGAAGAGGGGAAAGCUUCUUGCAGUGAGGGAGAUCUAAGCAGCACUUCAGGCCAGGAGGCAUACUGAGAAAAAAAUAUUUUGGAUGUAACCAGCUCUUGACGUGGGAAGCAGAGUUAGAAGAGAUCCUCAUAAACAGCACAAUAAUCCUGCCUUGCAGUCCUUGCAGGACAUCAGUAGGGAAAGAAGGAAGUAACUCACAUUUUGGCUGGAAGGACUAGUGAUCUCCACCUGUGCCGAAUAGAAAAUGACAGAGAAAGACCUCCAGAUUUUAAGGCUCCAAAAAAGGCCAAGAAGAAGAUAGAAGGUGGUUCCAAUGUAUUCUCUAUGUUUGAACAAACCCAGAUCCAGGAGUUCAAAGAGGCUUUUACCAUCAUGGAUCAGAACAGGGAUGGCUUUAUUGACAAAGCAGACUUGAGAGACACAUUUGCUGCACUAGGUCGUCUGAAUGUCAAGAAUGAAGAGCUUGAAGACAUGGUGAAGGAGGCGCCAGGUCCUAUUAACUUCACUGUCUUCCUUACUAUGUUUGGGGAAAAGCUGAAAGGCACAGACCCAGAAGAAACCAUUCUGAAUGCUUUUAAGAUUUUUGACCCAGAAGGAAAAGGCCACAUAAAGGCAGACUACAUCAAAGAAAUGCUUAUGACACAGGCAGACCGGUUCAGUCAAGAAGAGAUCAAGCAGAUGUUUGCUGCUUUCCCUCCAGAUGUCUCUGGUAAUCUUGACUAUAAGAACCUCUGUUACGUUAUCACCCAUGGUGAGGAAAAAGACUAAAGAGGAAAGAGAUGAGCUCCUCCUGUGAUGGUGCACCAAGUUACUUCAUAAUGCUUUUGUGUGCAAGACGAAGGGCUAAACAUUCAGUAUGUGAAGCCAUGUGGUCAUCAGAAGAGAACCAAUAAAACAAUUGAAAUUAGA